CAAGCUCAAGUUUUGAAAACACCAAACUACAAGCUGUUAAGUGUUAACCUUUAUAGAGCUUUUUCUCUACUACUGCGACUCAUUUUUUGAUCAUCGAAGAUGAGCCUCUCUACAUGGAGUACUGGUUUAUGUGGAUGCUGUGAAGAUCCCUGCGUUUGUCUAAUUACUUGGUGUUUUCCAUGUAUUACUUUUGGCCAAAAUGUAGAGAUCAUUGAUAAAAAAGCCACAUCUUGUGCCUGUGCGGGGUUGAUUUUCUGCGCCCUUUACUUCGUUGGGGUUCCAUGUUUGUACUCUUUUACAUAUCGAAGCAAGCUAAGAAGCAAUUAUUCAUUGCCAGGAGAAGCUUGUGGAGAUUGUUGUAUUCAUUGGUGCUGUCUCCAUUGUGCUAUUUGUCAAGAGUACAGAGAGCUUAAGAAUCGUGGACUUGAUCCUUCCAAAGGUUGGGUGCCAAAUGCUGAGAAAAUGAACAAAGGUGAAGCCAUGGCACCUCCAGUUGUUGCACAAGGUAUGCCUCGUUAAGAUUCCUGAGGCUGACGAUAUCCUUUUGGGAAAUUCUUAUUUAGAUCCAGUUUAUUAUAGACCUAAGAUAUAAAUAUAUAGAACUCAUUUAUUUAAUAAGUGAGUUUCAUUAUAUAUUUUAUAUUUUAAAUUUAUAAUGCACCAGAUUUAGGUAAGAAAAAUUCUAUUCUUAAAUAAUAAUUUACUAUGGAGUCAUUGCAUUGCAGUGUAUUAAUGUAUUGUGAAUUGUUAAUCUUUCUUGUAUUUUAUGAGAGACCAUUACUAUUUGAACUUCUAGUGUAGUAAUAAGGUCUUGGAUUGUUCUUCGUAGUGCAAAUAGCUCAAGCAAUAAUAGUGCUUUUGUAUC